AUGGCCACAGACCCACUCAACGACUCCCACGUGGCAGUUCUCGCCUUCCCCUUCGGUACACACGCCGCUCCUCUCCUCGCCGUCACGCGCCGUCUCGCCUCCGCCUCUCCCACCACCGUCUUCUCCUUCUUCAACACCGCGCAAUCCAACUCGUCGAUAUUCUCCUCCGUGGAUGCAGAUCGUCCGGCGAAUAUUCGAGUCCACGACGUCGCAGACGGCGUUCCGGAAGGGUACGUGUUCGCCGGGAGACCACAGGAGACGAUGGAGCUGUUUCUCGUAGCUGCGCCGGAGAAUUUCCGGAGAGCAAUCGCGGCGGCGGAGACGGAGGUCGGUAGGAGAGUGAAGUGCGUGUUGACUGAUGCGUUUUUCUGGUUCGCGGCGGAUAUGGCGGCGGAGAUGAAGGCGACUUGGGUUGCGUUCUGGACCGCCGGACCAAACUCGCUCUCUGCUCAUCUCUACACAGAUCUCAUCAGAGAAUCCAUCGGUGUGAAAGAAGUCAAUGAGCGUAUGGACAAAACAUUAGGGUUUAUCUCAGGAAUGGAGAAGGUCAGAGUCAAAGACACACCAGAAGGAGUUGUGUUUGGGAAUUUAGACUCUGUUUUCUCUAAGACGUUGCACCAAAUGGGUCUUGCUUUACCUCGUGCCACUGCGGUUUUCAUAAACUCAUUCGAAGAGCUAGAUCCUACGUUGACCAAUAACCUCAAAUCGGAAUUCAAACGUUACCUAAACAUCGGUCCUCUCGCGUUACUAUCUUCCACACCUAAAACAGAGACACUAGUGCAAGAUCCUCACGGCUGCUUGGCUUGGAUGGAGAAGCAAUCGCCUGCUUCCGUAGCGUACAUUAGCUUUGGUACGGUCAUGACGCCGCCUCCUGGAGAGCUUGUGGCGAUAGCACAAGGAUUGGAAUCGAGCAAAGUGCCGUUUGUUUGGUCGCUCAAGGAGAAGAACGUGGUUCAUCUACCAAAAGGGUUUUUGGAUCGGACAAGAGAGCAAGGGAAGGUGGUUCCAUGGGCUCCACAAGUGGAACUGCUGAAACACGAAGCAACGGGUGUGUUUGUGACGCAUUGUGGAUGGAACUCCGUGUUGGAGAGUGUGUCGGGAGGUGUACCCAUGAUCUGCAGACCGUUUUUUGGGGAUCAGAGACUCAACGGAAGAGCAGUUGAGGCUGUGUGGGAGAUUGGAAUGACGAUUAUCAAUGGAGUCUUCACAAAAGAUGGAUUUGAGAAGUGUUUGGAUCGAGUUUUGGUUCAAGAUGAUGGUAAAAAGAUGAAGGGCAAUGCCGAGAAGCUUAAAGAAGAAGCACACGGAGCUGUGUCUGCGAAAGGAAGCUCCUUUGAGAAUUUUAAGGGAUUGUUGGAUGCAGUUGUGUAA